AUGACAUUGUUCGCGCCUGGAAUUGUCGGGCAAGCGCGUCCCACUGCUCCGCACGCGUCAGAUACUGACCUUCCGCCCCCUACCGCUCCACCUAUGUCGACUGAUUUCGACGGCCUUCUGGAUGGUCUCAGUGCCGACGACUUUGACUUUGACGACCUCGAUGACGACUCUGGCGUUGGCGACACCAGCGCCGCCCGCCCCGUCACACCAGCCGUAGAGCGCUCUCCUUCCCCCGACCCGUACGCCGAUGAGCCGCCCGCUCCGGUUCCCGACGUCAUUCCUCAGUUUGUCGCCUUUGCGACGGCACGCGGUAGCACGAUUGCGCCCCCAUCCGAGGGCGCUCUUAAGCGCGCUCGCAAGAUCCUGGCAGACGUCGAGACGGACGUGGAAGGCGAGCCAAGCAAGCGGUCGAGGUCCGAGUCCCCCGCACCAGGACCAAUGUUGCCGCCAGCGCCAGCGACGCCAGCGGUCGUCUGCUCCAACAAUCCACCGCACAUGGCGAGCCCAUUGAGUUCCCGUUCAACAGGGUUUCAGCUUGGAUCUGGAACUGCCCCUCCUCCUCUCGACCCGUCGGCACGAGCUCGGGCCAUGGCACUCUUCGGCGAGACCGAUACAGCUGCUACUCCAGUCAAAUCCACGGCCAUGUUAGAUCGCCUUAUUGGAGCUCAAGAGUCAACGUCUGGUUUCUCGCAAGGUGCCGCCCCGGCACCCAGCUCAGAGGCGCGUGCGCGUGUUCUCGCCUUGUUCGACGAGACGGAUGCUGCGUCAGGAUCUGCGUUCCAACUGGCAUCUGGCUCGUCGGCGCCCGCUGUCGACCCUCAAGGCCGUGCCCGCGCUCUUGCUAUGUUUGGCGAGAAUGAUGGCUCCUCGCCAGCCACGUCUGGAUUUCAAACUGGCUCUGGUCGGGCUGCGGCUGCACCAAACCCGGAGAACUUGGCUCGUGCUCGUGCCCUACUCGGAGAAGAUGCUGCCCAGCCUGGUCCGUCGACUCCUGCACCUCAACUCUCCUCCUCCUUCCGCCCUCCUCUCACCGGAGGCACGCCUGCUAGAUCCGUUUCGGCUGCCUUCUCUGCCCCUCGUCCCAUGCGCAGUGUUGGUGGUGUCCUUCCCUCGACACCAUCGCGGCUGCCCCUCCAGCCUAGAACCAACACCUUCUCCACCCCGAUGACGAGCACACCCGUCCGGCCCAAGCUGCCUUCCGGUAUCCAAAUCAAGACCCCAGGAGUAACUCCAAGGCGCAUAGGUCUGGGAUCAACCCCCUCGCGUGGCGGCAAGGCGCGAAAGGGCUUUGUCAGUCCGUUCAGGGCUCCUGGCACGGUUCAGAAGGUGGCGACACCUUCGGCACUGCGCGCUCCCGUCAUACCCAUGAAGACGCCGGAAAAGGUCUUCAACUCGGUGUUUGAUUUGCAGCCUCCAGAAGGUAGGAAAGGUAUGCGCGAGUCCUUCCUCUAUCCGGGAUACUACUCUCCGUUGGAGCUUCGCGGAAGGGGACUUCCCGACGAGAUCUGGACCUUGGACCUCAGCAACGCAAUCUGCUAUCAGUUCAUUGGCGAGGACGCGUCCACUCUGGGUCAUACCCAAGCUCUCGAGCGUCUCAAGUUGGAAAAGUGCACACUUGCUACGGCCAAGUGGGUUGACAAUCACUGGCGCCUGAUCCUGUGGAAGCUCGCCGGACAGGUCGCAGCCAAGCCCGCUCUGUUUGACGAGAAGUGGAAUUGGUUUGAAGUCAUCUGCCAGCUCAAAUAUAGAUACGAACGCGAGUUUGGAGCUGCUCAACGUCCUCUCCUGCGUCGCAUCCAGGAGCACGACUCUUCACCCAGCCUCCCAAUGGUUCUCUGCGUUGCCGAUAUUCACCGCCCGCCGCCUACCAUGAACGAAAAGGACGAAGAGGUGCCACAGCGCCCAUAUCUAGACCUCACGGAUGGGUGGUACCAUAUCCGUGCUCUCACCGACGACAGCCUCACCCGCGCCAUCCGAUCGGGCAAAAUCAAGGUUGGACGCAAGCUCGCCAUCUCCGGUGCAAAGCUCGAGUCUGGAGCGGAUGGCGCGGAGGUUCUCGAGGCGUACGAGACGUCCCACCUCGUCCUGUCCGGCAAUUCGACCCACUUUGCGAGGUGGGAUGCGCGACUCGGUGCUCAGUCCCAGCCGUUCGUCGCCGGGUUGUCGAGUCUGACUGUCGACGGCGGCCUCGUUGUUCUGAUGGAUGUUGUCCUCGACCGUGUCUAUCCCCUGGCCUACAUGAACGGGGACCGCGGUUGUAGAGAGGCCCCAUGGAAUGAGGAAGAAGAACAGGAGAGAGCGGAUGCGUGGAAGGACAAGUACGAGGCCGAGUCGCAACGUCUGCAAGAAGACAUGCGCAAGAAUCUGGAGAAGAUCGAAGACUUGGCUUCCACCUUGGCCUCUCACGCCGAGGACAUCAACGAGACCGUCACCAGCGAUGCCCCUGAUAGCAUUGACUCCGAGUUUGACAAGCUCCUGAACGCCAACCCGCAGGAGCUCAUGGCCCGCCUUCGUUCUCUUCCACCCUCACGUAUGGUCCACCUCGCGCAGCAUGCUCGUGGCCGCCUCCAACAGACAGCUAUGGAGGAACGCUUCCAGCUCGAGUCACAACUGAAAGAAAUCUGUCCAAUUCGUGAGGUCCGCGAUUUCCGCGUGGUGAGAUUCCGGGAUGCCAGGUUGGGACUCAAAGACCCUGCUCGUACGGGCCUGCUCAAUGUUUGGGAGGCCAGGGGUCUAGGCGACGCGCUGGUUGAGGGAAAGCGAUACUUGGUGUCCAACCUCAUCCCCGGCCGCAAUGGUGACUGGUCAAAGCCCAAGCCAGGGGCCAUGACGGAAGUGUACCUGCACACCAGGCGCGAUUCGCGCUGGAAGGUGGUGGAGACAAAGUCUGUGUAA